AUAUGCAAAACGGUAAAAACUCUUCUACCAUCCGACCCUCAACGACAAUACAAGCGAGUCAAAACGAUACAAUGACACCGCCAGUUUCGCCGGGAGGGAUUUCCGGAAGUUCGGUAUUCAAAUUGCCAAUUUCACCCCAACAAAUAUCAACGACGGAACUUUCUUUUCAAGCACCACAGUUUAAAUCAAAUUUCUGGUUACCACCAACGCCACCCAAUGGAAUGCAUCAGGAUAAUCAACAGCAACCACCAUCACUACAGUCGACAGUGGCAAUAAAGGAAUUAAACACAAAUUAUGAACAAUUGCACUUUGAUGCAUCAUCACAUAUGGCAAACUUUUCUAAUGGUCAAUCUUCCGAGAUUUACGCAUCUGAAUAUAAUUUCUCUGUUAGUUCAUCAAAUAUUAGCGCAAAGCCAAUCAUGUAUCAUCACACAUCAAUUAUUCAAACAAUACCGCCACGUCCUCAUCAUAAUCAAUUAGUUCCCACUGAUGAACCUCUUUCGUUAGCUGAAAAACGAGAGUUGGCGCGUAAAAUUGCACAUUCCGCUAUUGAAAGACGUCGUCGCGAAAGAAUAAAUGAUAAAAUAGUACAGCUUCAAAAGUUAGUUCCAAGUUGUGCAGAACAACCUCAAAUUCAUAAGAUGGCUAUCCUUCAAGGCGCAAUCGAUUAUAUCUGUUAUUUACAAGGUUUACUCGCGGAAAAGCGAAAACUUGAGAAUAACAGCCGCAAUAACGAUAAUGAAGAUGACGGGAGAUUU